AUGGCUGCAGAUGCGACAAGCACACUCACGGAGGAACAGUGUUCGGGUGGUUUGCCCUCAAAAUCAAUAUAUAAGAAAUUAGAUGUAGGUCAAGGAGGUUGCGAUGGCGAAGCGAACAUUCAGGGAAUAGAAGAAAAGUUAAAAUCAUAUGUCGAAAAUGUGGACCAUAUGAAUAGAAUUAAGAAAGCCUUAUGCUACGUGUCUGAAAUGGAGAAGGAUAACACAAAUAGAAAAGAAGAUUACUGUUAUGCCCUUUAUUUUUGGGUAGGUGAAAUAUUACCUAAGGAAUUAGGAGAACUGAAGUUUCAGAAAGCUAUAAGUGAUUAUCAAACUAAAAUACAAGUGAACAGCAAGAAAUAUGGGUGUACGCCUCCGAGUCUUAGUAAUAAACCUGAAUUUUUUACGAAACUAAAGAAAUUAUUCGAUUAUAAGGUGGACAGAACAUUUAUAGAAAGCAAUGUAAGUAAGGAGGGGAAACCUUGUCCUGCGAAAUAUCAGGCAUAUCUGGAGGAAGUGCAGGGUGCCUAUAAGGUUAUGCAACAGGAAUGUACAGAAGGAUAUGAGGAAGAUUGGUGUGUAGAUUUUAUGAAGUGGUGUCCGGAAUAUAGAAAUGAGGAAAAUUUAGAGUCAGGUUGUAAGCCGGUGGAUACAGCGAAGCAUAGAGUACCUGUAGAACAGCAGCAAGAGCAGCAGCAGGAACAGGAGCAUGCAUCAUCGGAUGUCUCGGCGUCCGGAACGGGUACCACCAUUGCAAUUCCUUCCACAAUGGCUACACUAGCAUUACCGACGGCUGCCUUCUUCCUUUACAAAUAUACCAAUUUAUUUUCUGCAAAACGUGGCACCGUCUCCCCAAAAAGAAGAAAAAGAAGAUCAGCCAACACUAACUUCGACAACACAUCCAACGACGACGACACCUCAACGUACAACUCAACGUAUGAUUCUACCGAAGCUUCCACAAUAGCAAAUUCCAUGACAGAUGCAUCUACCAUAUAUAAUGGUAGGCCACCACCACUCAGAGCAAGAAAUAAUAAUGGAUGGCGUAGGAAUGUAGCUUACCAACGCAUGUAA